CCGAAAGUAGGAAUUUUUGUGAAAAUUACUGCGCGAAUCAUUUUAAAGUUGACGUGUCUUUAACAUCGGAGUACAAAUAAACACAUCUCGGUAGAACAAGUGCAGUAAUCUUUGAUUCACCAUGGCUUCAGCUUCAGAUUCACUCGACCUAGAAAAUGCGUCAUUGUUGGACGAGAUUGUUGAGCUGUUGGAUAUGGGCCGAGAUGCCGAGGUGAUAAUGCUGAUUGGGCAGAGCGGGGCUGGUAAAAGUGCGAUGCUCAAUACCAUCCACAGGGUGUUAACUGGAGAAAAUUACACCCUGACAAAACAAGGAAGCGGCCAUGCGCAAUCUGUUACUCUUGACCUUGGAAGAUAUGACAACUGUGGUGUUGACCUGAAGACUAUCCGAGAUGAUUCACGGAGAGAAAAGAUUGCUGAAGUUGUACACAAACUGCCACAUAUAGUUGAUUGUGCUGGCCUGGGAGAUGAAGACUCGCCAGAGUUACGUGAAAUAUUAGAACGUCUUGUAGGAGGUUUUAUACCAAAAGGUACAAACAUUGAAGCGUUGCAGUCCAAACAGAAAGAAUUCGGUGUGGGAUGUCUGUCGAAACUAUAUCCAAAGUCGAACCCUGCUGACACGGUGACAAAGGUUGUAUUUAUACAAAGCUGUAGAACUGCCAUACCAAGAAACUUGAUAAAUUGUUUGAACCAAGUCCUCAAAAUAACAGACCCUACAUAUUUGAAAAGAAAAUAUACCGCAGAACUGUUUCUACUGAUAUCAAAGUUCGACUUGGUUCGUGACCCGUCUGUUCAUAUCUCAACCGGAAGUGACGAAGAAAGUAUGACACUUGAAGAAUUCGUCAAGGAGGAAAACGAACUGGCUCCCGAGUUUAAUAUUGUAGGAGCAUUGGAAGCUAACCGCAUUCGUUGGGCAAGUUAUACUGACAAGAUUCAAGGCAGAAAUAAAUACAUAGAGAAUAUUGCUCUCAAGUUCCUUAGGCGAAUGGUUCAACCUGGAACCCCGAAGACAGACACGACUGAACCCGUCGUCGGUACAAUGAAGACUUUUGAACUGUACAUGUUUAGAUUAUCGAACCAGAUCAAGCAGUUCUUCUUACAAGACAUGCAGUUAAAUAUAACACCGGCUUGGUUUGUUACCGCUGUUGUGUUUGUAGUGGUUAUUGCAGUACUAUACAAACUACUGAUGUCAAGUGUUUAAAGUGGAUAAGUCAAGAAACCUUCUGCUAACUUCGGAUCACUUCGUCAUUUUCCGUAUCUAACAAGUGAAAAAUAAAACAUGUACUUUGAUAUGCUCCUGGUCAAGUGAAUUGUCAUUCGUUACAGAAAGUUACAUUUUUUUGCGAUUUUUCGUGAAACAAUUACAUAUAUUUGACAUCAAAGGAAAAAAGUUUUCACACAGAAUUAUGUCAAUCAUUUGUUGUUAAUUUAAAGAAUACUUAUAACCGUCUUUUGAUUGUAGUUUUUAAAAUAAAAGCCUUCAUAGAAUGAACUGACAGUAUGCGCCUGAUCCAUUUAAUUUUGCUUCCUAAUUGAUGAACAACAUCGAACGCAAUAAGAAACUAGAUUAUUUGUCAAUAUAGAUUUCUUGCGCUUUUGUUCAUUGUCCCAGACUUGUCCUUAUAGACAACAGGUUUGCCUGUAAUCUUCGUUAAAAUUGAAAAUAUGGUAAACAAAACUGCUGGUUGUUAUAGUAAUUCAUAAUGUAUUUAACUUAAUACAUUUAAGAUAUUUAUGUAAUUUCAUUUGAUUCUUUAUAUUUACAUAUUUAAUAUAUUAAUUAUAGAUGCUUUUGUACGUUUAUAUCUAUGUAUAUUUCUGUUGAAUUAUUAUCAAGUUAUUACGCUUACUUAUGCGAACACGUGCAUUUUGAAUUCAAAAUGUAAAGUUUAGGCAUAUAUGACCAACAAUGGUUGCUUUGGUGAUGUUAUUGUAUAUAUGUGGCUUAAUAUCAGUGUAGAUCUUUAUAUACAUAUAUAAUACUGUA